GGAAAACUCUUUUCCUCCACAACUACACAACCUCAUUCUCCAAACUUCGUGGAAACUUUUUAAAUUGUUCGCCAACGAACGAGCAUUCGCUCGGUUAAACAUAACACCAGUCAGUGCAUUAAAAGUGCUUUAGAGAGAGUGUAGUUGUUACCACCAGUUCAUCUGCUAGUUAGUUCCAUUACCUUACUCUUUGGUUAGUUGUCUCUGGUCGCGCGCAGCGCGCUCUCGUCCGCAUAACGGUUAAAUCCACACUUUCUAUUUUCAAAUAUCGAACGGAUUAAACUCCGUGGAAAAUCGGCAUUUGUUUUUUCUUUCGGCGAAGUUUCGCGGCCAGUGUCUUUGUGAAUUGCGAAACGAGUUUGUAAGUUUUUUUGUAAAAACUUUUCGAGUGAUGAGUGUAGUGUGUGAUGACUAAGAAGUGAAAAGUUGGAAAGUGAUUGGUUUUUAAUUUGGAGCUGGUUUGUACAGGAAUUGAAGCGAGCACCAUGUAUCAGAUAGCCGGAACAGCCUACUGACAAAGAUACAACCAACAGAAGGGCACUAAAGAAAAUAUAAGAUCCAAAAAUAAACAUUCCAAAACACGCACAUGCGUUUUGAAAAAAAGAAGAAAAAGGAUUGAUGCCGUGUGCAACCAACGCUCGGAGAGCAGUGAACGGUUUUUGAAUUAAGAACGGUUUUCAAGAUGGCGUCGUGUUUGGGAGGCGGCCAUUUUGGGCCCGGGAGCCAGGACUACAUACCCGUGGCGGAGUUUUACGCUGACAAGUCGGUUUUCGUGACUGGAGGAACUGGCUUCAUGGGAAAGGUGCUGGUGGAAAAGCUGCUGAGGAGUUGUCCGAAGAUCAAGAACAUCUACCUGCUGAUGCGGCCCAAGCGAGGGCAGGACGUGGCCUCCCGCCUCGCCGAGCUCACACAGUCCCCGCUGUUCGAGACACUGCGGAGAGAGCGGCCGCUGGAGCUGAACAAGAUCGUGCCGAUAGUGGGCGACAUCACGGACCCCGAGCUCGGCAUCAGCGCCGCCGACCAGGCCAUGCUGUGUCAGAAGGUAUCUGUGGUGUUCCACUCAGCAGCCACGGUCAAAUUCGACGAGAAACUCAAGCUGUCGGUCACCAUCAACAUGCUGGGCACGCAGCAGCUCGUGCAGCUGUGCCACCGGAUGCUGGGGCUCGAGGCGUUAGUCCACGUGUCCACAGCCUACUGCAACUGCGAGCGCGAGCGAGUCGAGGAGCAGGUGUACGCGCCGCCCGCGCCGCCCGAGCACGUGGUCACGCUCGUGCAGACGUUGCCCGAUGAACUGGUGGACCGGAUCACGCCGGAUUUAGUCGGAGACCGGCCCAACACGUAUACAUUCACGAAAGCGCUGGCGGAGGACAUGUUGAUACGGGAGUGCGGGAACCUUCCUGUCGCCAUUGUUAGACCUUCAAUCGUGCUCUCCUCUCUCCGGGAGCCCGUCAAGGGCUGGGUGGACAACUGGAACGGCCCCAACGGCAUCAUCGCGGCCGUGGGCAAGGGCAUCUUCCGCAGCAUGCUCGGCAGCGGCUGCAUGGUCGCCGACCUGGUGCCGGUGGACACCGUCAUCAACCUGAUGAUUGUUUGCGCGUGGCGGACGCAUUGUAGGAGAGGUGACGGCGUGGUGGUGUACAACUGCUGCACCGGCCAGCAGAACCCCAUCACGUGGCAGCGCUUCGUUUCCACCAGCUUCAAGUACAUGCGGAAACAUCCCUUCAACGAGGUGCUCUGGUACCCGGGCGGCGACAUCAACAACAACCGGCUCAAACACUCGGUGAUGGCGACGCUGCAGCACCGCGUGCCGGCGCACCUCGCCGACCUGGUCGCCAGGGCUACCGGGAGCAAGCCCAUGAUGGUCCGAGUACAGAACAAGCUAGAGAAGGCGGCGGCAUGCCUCGAGUACUUCACGACGCGCCAGUGGGCGUUCGCAGACGACAACGUGCAAGCCCUAUGCGCGGCUCUAUCUCACGAGGACCGCGGCACUUUCGACUUCGACGUGCGCAAUAUUGAUUGGGACGCGUACAUCGAGUCCUAUGUCCUCGGCAUCCGGAGGUUCCUGUUCAAGGAGAGCCCGGAGACGCUGCCCAAGUCCAGAAAGAGGAUGAGCAGGUUACACAUAGUGCACAUACUGUCGCAAGUGGCCGCCUGUUUGUUCCUGUGGAGAUUUCUGUUCUCCCGGUCCGCGACUCUGCGCAACCUGUGGCGAAGGAUGUUGGACUUCCUAACACGAGCUGCCAGGCUCAUCGCCAUCGCCUGAUGUCACGAUCCGAUUUUAAAAACUAAAAGCGGGUCUCGUUGACAGCGCCCCCCAUAGCCAAUAGGAACGCUUGGAUCCACGCCACCAUUUUGACGUUUCAUUUCCCGCUAAACAAAAUGGCCGACGCAAAAUGGCGCGCGCUCGAGAAGUCGGCGUGAUUAUUGACAGCAAAUGAGAGAUUUAAGAUUUAACACAGCUGCUUCACAUUUUAGGAAUGGCAUUAGAAACGUGGCUGAUGACUUUUAGGGAUACUUUUUCUUCGAUAGCUUGUAAGGGGCUGAUUAUAAUUGCUUCCUUGAAAUGUUGCAGCGAAAUAUAAAACGUUGGGUGUUGACUUGAUUAGUGCACAGUAGAAAUUGGUCGCCGUUGACGUUGCAUCUAAAGUUUUAUAUCUCGCGGUAGCAUCUCGUUUGAUACUUCUAAGCGCUAGGCAAUUGUUAAGAGUUUUUUGUUAUCACAAUUUAUUAUCUACGUAAUUCCAAAGGUUCUCAAUGUAAUCGCAUUUUGAUGAAAUAUUUAACCCGAGGCAUGUUUUUGUCUUUACAUCGGACGCUUACUAUUUUGUGAAUCAUUAUUGGGGACUGUUGAGGAAUAAGUUUAAAAUCCAUCGCAUCUUUCCGCAAUUGAAAGUUUGUCCGUCCGUUAUGUCCCCAAUGUAGUUUUGCAAAAUAAUAAGUAGGCAUAAUGCUGUUAUUCACAAGUCACCAAGUGUACAAAAUAUCUUCAUUAUAUAUUUCACUACUACUACCUACCUAGGUACCAUCAAUAACGAAUGACGAAUAUAAUCAGGUACUUACCGAAGUACCUAGCUAUUUGAAUACGACAUUUAAAUAACAAAUUGGUUGUUUUAAAACAAUAAUCGUGUUAUUUGUAACACUAUAUUAUAGGUACAAAUUGUUACAAAAUCUAUAUAACUACCUAGUGCUAAAUCUAAAUAAAUUCAAAUCAUUAUCCCUAUCCCAUUAGGUUAAUUUUGAGAAUCAUUAUUAACCUAUGAUUCAUUAUUCCCUUCUCUAAAUCGUUUGAUUGUUAAGUUGGCAAAAAAUAGGUAUAUAGGUACCUACUUUCGUUUUUUUUAAAUUAACUAAAUACACAUAACAGUAUAUAAAAUUAUCCUGUGAAGCUCAAUUGUUUUUGGGAUACAUUCGUUAAUUUCGUUUUGAACUAGUCAACAAUAAUAUUCCAAAUCAUCUACACUAUUUAAGCAAGCAAUGUAAACAAAUACAGAAGUAACUAAACCCCUACGUAAUAAUAAUGAUUAAACAGAUGUACCUUCCUAUACAACCGAAGUUGUUAAAGUUAUUAGUAAAUUAUAAAAGUAAUAUAAAUUUAUAUUAACGAUAAAAUAUUGAUUAUUAGGAUGUCGAAUUGUGCUGUUCAGUAGAACGAAGAGCGUAGAAUACGUAAAGUGAAUUGAUGGAGCAUUAUGAUUUGAAAUCGUUUUUAGAAAGAACCUCGAUGACCAAUUUAAAAAAAGUAAGUAGUAUGAGAAAAUAAUUCGGGAUACUGGAAGGCCCCAAACUAUGUCUUGAUUGUGUGUUGUUACGUUUUGCACGUCCAGUAAAGUUGUCUUUUUGAACGAUUUGCUUCUGUCAAAACUAAUCUAACUACCUAUAUAGGUAUUUGUUUAAUAUCUAACGCAUUUAAACUUAAAUCUCUAUCGACCUACUUGUAGAAGAUUAUAUAUUUUUUACAAGUUAAUUAACCACUGUUUAAAUUUGAAAGUUCCGCGAGGGAUUAAUACGUUUGGCCGAACCGAAAGUCUGGACAUCGAAAAUACAAAAGACUUUUACUGGACGUGGAAUGUAACGAUAAAGUAAUGCACUAUAAUAAUAUUGGUCUACCUCAAAAUAAUAAAUGAAUUAUAAUUAAUUUAUAAAACAGACAAAUGUCUUAUGAGAGGUCUUACUAUAAUUACACAUGUUUGAACAAGCUCAAUAUAUUGAUCAAAUUCUUCCUUAGAUCUUGUCUUCAUAGUGUUUCGAACUAAUGUUAAGCUAAUAAUCUGUGCUUUCCUUAUUUACUCAUUACAUUGUAAACUUUCAAAAACUCUAUAGAUUUAAUAAGUUUAUUAACGCGUGUAUCGCAGUUCCUAGGAGGUCAUUAUCAGCCAAAACUUUAACAUGCCCAGUACAAUCAUAUUAUGAAAGAAGUUCAGAUCAACAAAUUGCUCUGUAAAAAGCGACACCAUCUCAAAGAUUGUGAAUUAAUUAAAAAUGAUGGGAGCAAUGUUGAAAUUUUUCAGUUACACGUGUGUACGUAGGUACUUACUAGAACAAAACAUUACUUUCCAUCGAUUAUUGUUACAACAUAAUGAUAUACUUAAUUUCUAUGCUAAGAUCAUCACUAAAAACUACCAGUAUAUUUAUGUAAGUACACCAUCCUUGUUUGAGAGAGGUUAUCCUCAGUCAGGUGACGCUUUUGGCUGAUGAUGGCUGCUAUUUUAUAGACGGCUUCUUUCAUAAAUAUUUGAUUUAAAUCAAAAGCUCAGCAACCGUAACAAAAAUCACGAAGCUGAUUUUUGAAAAGUGUUUUUAAUGUUGAAAGUUGUCAUAUCAUUGUAUUUAGGAUAUAAUUUUAAUGAGUCACAAAUCGGUAGAGUUUUUGUUAGUACCUACAAGACGUAUCUAUAUUAGUCCUAGACGAGAAGAUUACUAAAGUGAAACCAAAGAAGAAUUAAUAUUGUAAAGCUACCGAAACCCUGCAUCCUGCAU